CAAACAACGAAUUCUCCUCGUCUUCUUCCCCUUCUUUCUCAUCACAUUUGUACUUUAAUAAUCUAGGAAUCCAUUGAUUCUUCACAAGUCUGAUCAAAUACUGGUCACUACUCUCUCAGCCUAAUGGACAACAAGAAGAAAAUUGAAGUACAAUUGGAGGUACACGACGACAAAGGAAAGCAAAAGGCCAUGAAAGCCGUUUCUAGCCUUCAAGGAAUCGAAUCGAUUUCCGUGGACAUGAAGGCCAAGAAACUAACUGUGAUCGGAGACGUUGAUCCGGUCGAUAUAAUCUGCAAAUUGAGAAAAUGUGGGCACGCGGUUAUACUAACGGUCGGGCCGGCAAAAGAUCCGAAAGAGGAAGAGAAAAAGAAGAAAGAGGCAGAAGAGAAGAAGAAGAAGGAAGAAAAAGAAAAGAAGGAGAAGGAAGAAGAAGAAGAAAGAAAACGGCUUGCGGCCGCCUAUAAUAAGUGUUACAUUCCUUAUUAUCCGCCCGGGCCGCCUCUAUGCUACCGUCCAAUAAGUUGUGAGGAGAAUCCAAAUUCUUGUGUUAUAAUGUAAGGAAUUAGAGAAUAUCUUCUUUGCGGAGGUUUCCGUGAAAAUGGGUUUACGAAGAUGAAUCUCACCCAUCCAAAAUAUUAUGGAUGGUCGCAGUUGGUUGCUGCUGCAACGAAGCUGUGAACAAGUUCCUCUCUCAAGUAAUUAUAGUGUAUAAAGGGAUGAACAACCCAUAAUUACAUUAUUAAUUAGGAGUUUUAUUUUGAAUUGGGGAUGGAAUUUGAGUCAAUUUCCAAAAACCCAUGAGAGAUGAGAAUAAAUAACAGAGGAUAAGAUAUGCUUCCUUAUUAUA